ACCGCGCGAAGAUCUCCAGCGGUGCGGCCGGGAGCGCAGCCCUAACGGCGCCGCGGAAGCCUGUGCUCUCCCUCCCCAGUCCGCGUCCUGCCCUGGGCCGGGCUUGCGCUCUCGCCUGCCCCGUUCCUCAUGGCGCUGCUCCCACACCCGGCGGUGCCCACUGAUUUGGAGAAUAUUUACACAGGAGUGAAUUCAAAAGCAAAGAGUCAUGUGACUAUCAGAUGGGCAGUUUUAGAAGAAAUUGGAAAUCGAGUCACAACCAGAGCCACACAAGGAGCUAAGAAAGCUCAGAACACCAAAGUACCUGCGCAGCCCACCAAAACAACAAAUGCAAACCAGCCACUGAAACCUACUGCUUCUGUGAAACCAGUACAGGUGGAAAUGUUGGCUCCAAAAAUGAACUGCCCGAAGCUUCACGCAGCCUCUUUCAGGGAGGUCCCGUGAGAUCCAGCAUCAGCGGGUGCUCAGGAGGCAGCUCAGCAAAGUGCUCUCCAUGCCCCCCUCCUCGGAGGCCUCACUCCCCUGUUCCCUCCCUCCAGCCCCUCUGGCACUGCUCUCCCUCAGGAAGUGUCCGCACAGAGGCUUCUGCCUCACACUCUGCUUCUUAGGGAACCUGGGUGAAGAGAGCACCUUGCAAGGAUGCUCAACGAAUGAAAGAGGUAGCAGUGGGGCCACUCAGAGUGAGGAGACCCAGGGCCCGGGCGCCACCUCUGCGGUCUCCAAGGUGACAGAUGACCCAGGCACCUGGACAAGGUUCCCUGGAGAGCCUCUCAUCUCAUCUGAUUCUCUCAUUCUGCUGCCGAAGCCACUGAAACCUGAAGUCACACAGCAAGCUGGAAACAAAGCCAGGACCAGCAGCCAGUCCCCUCACUCCCAGUCCAGCACUCUCUCUUUCAAGUCCAUUUCAGAACUUGUGAAGAUUUCUCCUUUCCCAAAACAUCUUCCUGCACUGGCCUGCCCUCAGGAGGCGUUGAAGGCCCUGCUAGACUGCAGCCACCACCUGCAGGCAUGACACACAGAGCCCCGAAUUCAGAAGCUGGGACCUGGGAGGACAGACAAAAGGGACAUGGGACAGAAGGGGCAGGAAUUCUGGGAGGAAGGCAGCCAGGGCACCUGAUUUAGGGACCUCUGUGUGUGGGAAACAGGGAUGACGCGGUUAGAAGGCUGCGCAGAUCGCAGGGUGGAGGUGGGGACAGGCCUGGGGGCAGAGGGAGGAGCCACAGAAAGAGAUGGAGGCGGGCCCUCCCUGUCUGCUGAUGAGGCCUGUAGGGCAGCCUUUUCAGACUGAGGCUGCCCCCUAGGAAGCUGGGAAGGUGACAAGUCACACUGGGGGAAAGACACAGAAGGAGGUGGUUGCCUCAAAUUGCUUUCAAUAAGAUUCCUGUGGUUGUGACUGCUAGAAACAGCUGGGGACAGGUUGAUGACAGAAAAGGGAUUCUAUAUUAUAAGGUUCCAGGGGGCAUCUUAAGGGGUCUAAGCCCAAGGAUGCUGCUGGGCCUUGGGGAAGAGACAAGAACCAGAGCCUGGACUUAGAGGACCCAGAAAGUCACCUCCUGCCACCUGCUUCUGGCCUCUCCUUCCUCUCCCUGAAGACUGGCUUUCCAGGCAUCCUGGGGAACAUGGCAGUGAAUGG